AUGGCCACCGUGCCCUCCCAGGUACGCAUAAACUACCACACCAAUUGCGAGGUCGGUGUCAACCGCCAGAUCAACCUGGAGCUGUAUGCCUACUACGUAUACCUCUCCAUGGCUAUCUACUUCGACCGCGACGACGUGGCCCUGAAGAACUUCGCCCGCUACUUCCAGCGCCAGUCACAUAGGUAUUGGGAGCUGGCCAAGAUGCUUAUGGAGCUGCAAAACCAGCGCGGGGGCCGUGUCCACCUUCAAGACAUCAAGAACCCCGGUGGCGACGACUGGGAGGACGGCCUGCAAGCCAUGGAAUGUGCACUCCAUCUGGAGAAGAAUGUCAACCAGAGCCUCCUGAACCUGUACCACCUGGCCAGAAACAAAGGUGACGUGCAGCUCUGCGACUUCCUGGAGAAACACUUUCUGCGCCAGCAGGUCAAGACCAUCAAGGAGCUGGGUGGCUACCUCACCAACCUGCACAGGCUGGGAGCCCUGAACUCCAAGUUGGCUGAGUACGUCUUUGACAAGCUCACCCUGGGCACCAGUGACAAAGAGAACUGA